UGUAGCAAAAUGGCGACUGUCAUUCACAACCCCCUGAAAGCGCUUGGGGAUCAGUUCUACAAGGAAGCGAUUGAACAUUGUCGUAGCUACAACUCAAGGCUCUGUGCUGAGCGCAGUGUGCGUCUCCCCUUCCUUGACUCCCAGACUGGCGUGGCCCAAAACAACUGCUAUAUCUGGAUGGAAAAGAGGCAUCGGGGACCAGGCCUAGCUCCAGGGCAGCUGUACACAUACCCUGCCCGCUGCUGGCGCAAGAAGAGGCGGCUGCAUCCGCCUGAAGAUCCCAAGCUGAGGCUGCUGGAGAUCAAACCUGAAGUGGACCUGCCCCUAAAGAAAGAUGGGUUCACAUCAGAAAGUACCACACUGGAAGCCUUGUUACGAGGUGAAGGGAUUGAGAAGAAAGUGGAUGCCAAAGAAGAAGAGAGCAUCCAGGAAAUACAGAGGGUUCUGGAAAAUGAUGAAAACGUAGAAGAAGUGAAUGAAGAGGAGGAUUUAGAAGAAGAUACUCCUAAACGAAAGAACAGGACCAGAGGACGGGCCCGUGGUUCUGCAGGUGGCAGGAGGAGGAAUGAUGCUGCCUCUCAGGAAGACCAAGAUAAACCGUACGUCUGUGAUAAUAGUUACAAACAAAAGCAUAACCCAAAAACCUCCGACAAAGUCUGUGGCAAGCGGUACAAGAAUCGGCCAGGGCUCAGCUAUCAUUAUGCUCACACACACCUAGCCAGUGAAGAAGGGGAUGAAGCCCGGGAGCAAGAGACACGGUCCCCCCCUGUCCACAGAAAUGAGAACCACAGACAUGCGGAAACUCAGAUGAAAUCCAGAGAAGUAAAGCUUACUGAUGUAGCAAGUGAUAGAGCCCAGAAAGGACCAGAUGGGACUGUCAUUCCCAAUAAUUACUGUGACUUCUGCUUGGGAGGUUCAAGCAUGAACAAAAAAAGUGGUCGGCCAGAGGAACUCGUGUCAUGUGCAGACUGUGGACGCUCUGGUCACCCCACCUGCCUGCAGUUCACUCUGAACAUGACUGAGGCUGUCAAAACCUACAAAUGGCAAUGCAUCGAAUGCAAAUCCUGCAUCCUCUGUGGAACCUCCGAGAAUGAUGACCAGCUGCUCUUCUGUGAUGACUGUGACCGUGGCUAUCACAUGUAUUGUUUAAAUCCCCCAGUGGCCGAGCCCCCUGAAGGGAGCUGGAGUUGCCACUUGUGCUGGGAAUUGCUCAAAGAGAAAGCAUCGGCCUUUGGCUGCCAGGCCUAGGGGGCUCCCCCCACCCCGAAUGCAGGAUGUCACUUGCUCCUGUUGAGCUGGUACCAGCACACAAUUUGCAAACUCAGACCAAGAACCCCCACCCCCACACACCUAGACAGACCAACACAAAAGAAAACAGUCAGAGAGGGACACACGUGGACACUUGAAAACAAGAGGAAGAGGUGCUUAUUUGCCACCCUUGGGUAGGUUCCACGACUUCAGACAAGCCCCUCUCCUGUUUCUUACUGGAAGAAACUUGUACUUUUCAAGAAAGAAAGCUCCAAUUUGUCCCCUCACUUUCUCUCUCCCCCACUUUCCCAUUGACAUUUCCCUCCCUUUUGUCUGAGCACUGAAACUCUCUCACUGGUUUCUGGGCUAAAUGGAAACCGUCCUGAGAGCACUGAAUAGUCAUUCUUGUGAAGUCUAGUGUUUUAUGUUCUCUCUGUUCCAAGAAACCUUCAAGAUUCUCCAACCCUUUGCCCCCUCGCUUCCCUUCUCCUCCCCCUUCACAAAUGCCACCGAGCAAUGAUGCCUUCUACCCCUUCACUGGUUCCAGAGGAGUGGGUGGUGGCUCAUGGCAAGCCUCACUGGGAGUUUCCUGGUCCCAAAGGAGCCACCAUCCUGAACAAUCUGGGUUGUCCCCAAACUCUGACCUCGGAGACUAUAUGUGAAAAAAAAAAAGUUCUGCUUUCCUGCUGUCCCAACAAUAUAUCCAGUGGUAUGAAUGACCCCAAGGGGUCCAGACCCACUGAAUCAAAUCACUUGAUAGAGGAGUGGGGAAAGAAAGAACAGGGAGGUGAGGAAAGAGGAAGAGAAUAAUGGGAAAAUGUAAAUGAAGUCUUGAGCCACCAGCCAGUGUUUGCUCCUUGCUUCCCAACUAGGAGAAGCUUUGGAAAGGAUUGUGCUUGCCUGAUUGAUUUAGAUAUAAU